AUGUUUCUUGUGCAGACCUUUCAUAUUUCGAGAUCACGAUUGCCACUGCACAUGGACUUUGCACAGAUCUUAGCUUUGAAUGUCUUCGAAGGGAGGAAUCAGCCACACCCGUUCAGCUAUGCCGAGGAAGCUGGAUUGCGGUUGCGGAAACUGGCAUGGGUCGGUUUCUCAUGCGAUACCACAGCAACCAAUUUUGCGACCGUCAAAUCAUGCGAAAGCAGCAAGCAGCAGUGUUUGGGCAUGAUUGCUGGCCUAGGCUUGGAGCCAAAAGACGAAACAGAUCCAAACGACGGCAUGCACUGCAAAUCAUGCACGUGGUGA